GGGGCGCCGGGGGCCCUCAGUGGAGAACACGCACCACAUGCUAGUGUUUUCUUCACCCAGACGUAAUGUUCGCAUCUAUCGGAUGUUUAUUCCACUUCCCGGGUAUCCGCAGGAAUGUUGUGUUCUUCAACGGACUGAAAUGGUCGCUUAUAUUUAAUACAGAUUUAAUAAUUAUCAUUGUGCUAUUAAGAAUAACGGCUGGAGAAUUUCUUCCUCUCGGUCAAUUAAAUCUCUCUCCACGCGCUUCAUCAGAGUCUCCGGGAGCGCGCUUCAUCAGAGUCUCGUGGAGCGCGCUUCAUCAGUCUCUGGUAGCGCACUUCAUCAGGGUCUCCAAGCCUGAUCAGAGUCUCGCAGAACACCACCGAGGAACGCGCUUCAUCAGAGUCUCGUGGAGAACGCUUCUUCAGAGUGUCAGUUGAGUGCGCUUCAUCAGAGUAUCCGUGGAGCGCUUCAUCAGAUUCUCCGUGGAGCGCGCUUUAUCAGAGUCUCCGUGGUGGAGCGCGCUUCAUCAGAGUGUCCGUGGAGCGCGCCUCAUCGGAGUCUCCGCGGAGAGAUAAGAGGACAGGAGGUCAGUAACGCGUAGUGCGCCUCCACUCUAUUCUGCUUUUCUACCCAGUUUGGACAGUAACGGCUCCGGUAACUCACAGGUCCGCUUCUUCUCGAUGAAAGGUGUGAGAAAGACAACUUGAGGGAGAAGUUGGGGAUAUUCUUGUAAUCAAGCGCUCCAGCGAUGGCCUCCCCAGAGGGCGGUGCGGGGUCCCGCCCCCAGCACUGUGUGACCCGCGUGGAGCUGUCCGUCACGGCCGCCCACCUGCUGGACCGGGACGUUGCCUCCAAGUCGGACCCCUUCUGCGUGCUCUUCAACGAGGUGGACGGCAACUGGGCCGAGAUCAGCCGCACGGAGACGGCCGUGAACAACCUAAACCCGGUGUUCGGGGUGAAGUUCCGGGUGGACUACCACUUCGAGGAGGUGCAGAAGCUGCGCUUCGCCGUGUUCGACGAGGACAAGUGUGCGUCACAGCUCUAUGAACACGACUUCCUCGGGGAGUUCAUCUGCACCUUGGGAGUGAUUGUGUCCAAUAAGAAACUUGUCCGACCACUUCUCUUAGCCAAUGGGAAACCAGCGGGCAAAGGAACUAUUACGAUCACAGCCCAGGAGCUGUCUGACAACCGGAUCAUCACCCUCAGCCUGAGUGGAAGAAAAUUGGACAAAAAGGACUUCUUCGGAAAGUCUGAUCCUUACCUGGAGUUCCACAAACAAGGAGAAGAUGGGAAGUGGAUGUUGGUGCACAGAACAGAGGUCAUUAAGAACACUCUGGACCCUGUGUGGAAGGCCUUUACGGUGCCUCUGGUGUCGCUGUGUAACGGAGACGUCGACAGGAACAUCAAGGUGCUGUGCUACGACUAUGACAAUGAUGGAGGUCAUGACUUCAUAGGAGAGUUUCAGACCACUGUGACCAAGAUGAGCCACGCCAGCACCACAGAGGUGGAGUUUGACUGCAUCAAUCCGAAGAAACAGAGAAAGAAGAAGAAUUACAAGAACUCUGGUGUCAUCGUUCUGAGGUCGUGCAAGAUUAUACGAGAUUAUACAUUCCUGGAUUAUAUUCUCGGAGGAUGUCAAUUGAUGUUUACUGUUGGGAUUGACUUCACUGCGUCCAAUGGGAACCCUCGAGAGCCCUCCUCCCUGCACUACAUCAACCCGCUGGGCAGCAACGAGUACCUGGCCGCCAUCUUGGCGGUCGGCCAGAUCAUCCAGGACUACGACACAGACAAAAUGUUUCCUGCUUUAGGAUUUGGAGCUAAACUCCCACCAGAUUGGAAGGUGUCACAUGAGUUUGCCAUCAACUUUGACCCCACGAACCCCUUCUGUUCAGGGGUGGAGGGCAUCGCCCAGGCCUACUCCAGCUGCCUCCCCCACCUCCGCUUCUACGGACCCACCAACUUCUCUCCCAUCAUCAACCACGUGGCGCGCGGCGCUAGCCAGGCGCUACAGCAGGAGAGAGCGGCGCAGUACUUCACCCUCCUGAUAAUCACCGACGGGGUGAUCAGUGACAUGGACGAGACGCGCCACGCCAUCGUGGCGGCGGCCAAGCUGCCCAUGUCUGUCAUCAUCAUCGGCGUCGGCAACGCAGACUUCGCCGCCAUGGAGUUCCUGGACGGCGACGCCAGCGUCCUGCGCUCGCACACCGGGGAGGAAGCCGCCCGCGACAUCGUGCAGUUCGUCCCCUUCAGGGACUUCAGGAACGCUCCUAAGGAGACUCUGGCUAAAUCGGUUUUGGCUGAGCUUCCUCAACAAGUCACUCAGUACUUCAAACAGAGGAACCUGUCGCCUAGCAACCAAGCGGCUGAGUAGCCCAGCUAACCACAGCCUUCUCCAGGGUACAAACACAGACAGCCACACGGACGCACACACACACACACACACACACACACACACACACACACACACACACACACACACACACACACACACACACACACACACACACACACACACACACACACACACACACACACACACACACACACAGUAGUGUAGCCCUCUGAGGUCAGGAUGUGAUUGUGGCUUCACGCAUGUUCUUGGUAUCCUGUAAUAUUCUGCUCUGUUGUCAAAGUAUCGCUGUAGUAUUUACAUUUAUAUCAGUGGUUGAAUAAGGAUCACCCAUGCACAGUUGAGCCCUAACCUAGUCAACCUAAUGCUAACCUAGUCUUAACGCUAACCUAGUCGUAACCUAGGUUAACCAAGUCUUAAUGCUAACCUAGUUUAACCAAGCCCUAACCUAGGUUAACCUACUCCUAACCUAGUUUAACCUAGUUUUAACGCUAACCCAUUUUAACCUAGCCCUAACCUAGGUUGACCUAGUCCUAACCUAGCCCUAACCUAGUCCUAACCCUGACCUAGGUUAAUCUAGCCCUAACGCUAACCCAAUCCUAACCCUGAACUAGGUAAACCUAGUCCUAACGCUAACCUAGUCCUAACUCUCACCUAGUUUGACCUAGUCCUAACUCUCACUAAGUUUAAACUAACCCCAACAUAGAUGAAGCAAGUCCUAACCCUAAUUGAUGUAUGCCUAGUACUAACCGUAACCUAGGUUAGGCUAGCCCUAGGCUAGGUUCAACCUAGCUAGGAUAGGCUAGGUUUAACCCAGCCUAGCCUAGGUUAAAGGCUAAGUUCCUCUAUAGUGAACUUAACCUAGGUUUUACCUAGCCUAGGUUAAAGGCUUUUUUAUCGUCACCCAAUCCUAUAUUGUGUCAUCUAUAGUGAAUGUUAAGAGCCUUAUAGUGAACUUUAAGAGCCUUAUAGUGGAUCUGGGUCCUCUAGUAAACUUUAAGAGCCUUAAUGUGAACUUUAAGAGCCUUAUAGUGAACUUUAAGAGCUUUAUAGUGGACCUGGAUCCUCUAUAGAGAACUUUUAGAGCCUUAAAGAGAACUUUAAGAGCCUUAUAGUGAACUUUAAGAGCCUUAUAGUGGACCUGGGUCCUCUAGAGUGAACUUUAGGAGCCCCGGAAUUAGCCGAACCGAACAGCUGCGGUGGUAUGACUUGGUGGUCAAGGUGUAGUCUUAACCUUGGCCUAUAUUAACUUAAAGUCUUAACCUUACCUACAUUAAACAAAGCCAAGUUUAGGUGUGGUUUAACUCCUUCAAAACCAUCUCUGUUCAAAUGACUAAACUCCCUGCAGAUCUUUAAGAGGCUUGUAUGGCGCUCUACAUCUUGGCCUCUUCUGGUGUCCAGGAUCCACGGAUAUGGUCAUGUGACACGCCCCUAGAAGCUUCUAAACACAUAGAAUGAACUCUCCAAACAGUCUCUUCAAAGAUAGAUGAACCUCUGAAAACAGAGUAUCUGUGGUAGCAACUGUGCUGGAGACAGCAGCACUCACUAGAGCAUCGACAGACGAGGAUGUCUGUUGAGGUAUGUUGGGAUGCCAAACUAACACGCCGAGGUAAACAACCACUUGAGACCAUGAGUCUCCAGAACCCCUAUCAGGUUCACCUGCCGUCUCUGUGACCAGAACCUGAUUAUAGUAACUGUGUUGGGUCAUAAACAGUUGAUUUGGUAAACCAUGAGUUCCCAUCCCUACUCUGAACUCUGAACACUGUAAUUGUUAUUGUAAACAACUUUUUAUUCCAUUAUGACUACUGAUGUGGGCAUAAAGUGUGGUGAAAUCCUUAUGCCAGCGAGGGAUUCUGAACUUAAACAUUGAAAAUGUUUGUGAAGCUAUGUCACACCGUGUUGCAUUCUGGGAGGGGUGCUCCACCUUGUGAGGCCGAAAUGACUGAAAAAGAAAUGACUGUUUUAUAAUUUGGCCAUUAUUUUAGUUGGUACUAGUUAAUAGUUAAUACUUAAGUCUUUCACAGUAUUUACUUAGCAUCAGUUAAUAGGUAAUACUUAAGUCUUUAGCGGUCUUUAGUUAGCAUCAGUUAAUAGAUAAUACUUAAGUCUUUAGCGGUCUUUAGUUAGCAUCAGUUAAUAGAUAAUACUUCAGUCUUUCUUAUGCAUGUUGCUAACCUGGUUGCACUGUUUACAAAACACUGCUGAUGACCACAGAUGCAUGAUUUUAUACAAUGAUAAAUUAUAUACAUAUUAUUUUACAUAAUAUAUAUAUAAUAUAUAUUAUUUUAUAUAAUAUAUACUAUUAUUAUUAUUAUUAUAACUUUGUAACAUUGUAACUCGGCUUAGUUUACGACUAUCCAAGGCAAAUUGUUGUGGAAAAACUAUUUUCUAAAGUGGAUUCUGAAGUUUUGAAAUGCAUUUAUUGUACGUAGGCUAUCAAUGUAAACUCCCGAAGGCCCCGUUUUGGACGUUUCUAACGUGACUUGAUGCUGUGGAAACGUGUAUACUCUGUCGUACCGAUAUGUGCAUGGACAUGGAUGUUCGUACCUAUAGUGUUAUCGAGGAUUUUUAUAGAAAAUGUUGUCUAUGUCAACACUCAGGUCAAUAAACCGUUUCAAGGAAAAAAUGUUGAAAUGAAGUCCCUCUUUGAUGUAACCCUACCCACUAACUAAACCCACCUGAAGUACACCUUCCCCCCAACUAACCCCCCAG